AUGGAAAUAAAUAUCCAGCAGUUGGUGUCGCUGCCCCUGUCCCACAUCCAGGUCAUCAUGACGAGCUCCCCCGAGGUGACCAGCAUCAACCAGGAGGUGCUGGUGCUCACCACCAAGGCCAUGGAACUCUUUGGAAGCCCCUUUGUUCAAUAUGUCACCAGCUAUUCCUUCAGACAUGGCAGUGGAAAAGAAAAGGAGGCACUGACCUCCAGUGACUUAUCAGAUACUGCAGAGGAGUCAGAAGCUUUUCAGUUCAUUGCAGAUAUAUUACCAAAGAAGAUUUUAGCUAGUAAAUAUCUGAAAAUGCUUAAAGAAAAGAGGGAAGAAGAAGAGGAGGAGGAGAAUGACAACAAUGAUGAGAGUGAGGUCGAUGAAGCAGAAUUCUAUCCCCAAAAAAGCAGCCUGGUGAGGACCCUCCUGGAUUAGCAACUUGACUCUGAAGCAGGCCUUAGUCUGUCCACCCCCCAGAGACUUCACGUACAUUAUGUUCUUUUCCGGCUGAGACCGAGCAUAAUGUACCUCUGCCAUAAAUAGCCAACAGGAAAGGAACCCAGACAACAGCCUCUCUUCCCCAGGCCCACACCGCAGCUGGAGUGGGAGGGGACCAGAACGGGCUGCCUACCGGGAGGGACAGUCAGUCUGCAGCUCUAAGCUGUAGAGGCAAAGACAACUUUGCUUAACUUUCUAGUUUACAGAUAGAUUUUGAAGAACUUCCAAAUACCGCUUGUAUAGUCACAUAUGUAUAUUUUGAAAUUAGUUCUUGUAAAGAGAUAGAUCCUGUUUUAGCUAAAUAUGUAAUCUGUGAGUAGUGUGUUA